CGAGCAAGCAAAAGAGGAAGAGGAAAGAAGGAGCAGAGCAGCUCAGAGAAGAAAAGAAUCACCACUCUACAGAAGAGGGAAAGAAAGUGAGUGACGAGAGAAUCGAAGGGGAGGCCUUCGGGUUUUCUGGAUUUCGGGCAUGGCGGAGAUGAUCCAAGGUGGGGUCCACCGAGCAACCGGAAUCAGAAGAGCCGUCGUGAUCGGAAACGGGUUCGCCGGCGCGGAGAAUCAGAGCAUUGGUUUGGUUCGUGCGCUCGGCCUAUGGGGUCGUCAGUCCCUUUACCGUGUUAGGCGGCCAAGAGGAGGGAUUAACGAGUGGCUUCACUGGCUUCCACUUCCUCUCCAUAAAAAAGUGGUGCCUUUGCAUCUUUCUUCUGAAAAAUUAGGCCUCUCAUCUGAUAUUCCGGAAGCUGAUGCAAAGCAGAUUGCAGAAAUGGCCCGUCGAACAUUCGACAAAGAUGGCCCGUUGCUGGUGGUUGCAUCUGGUCGGGACACCAUUCCUGUUUCAAGCGCCAUAAAACAGUUAGCUCCCGAAAAUGUUUUUCUUGUCCAGAUUCAACAUCCAAGGUCGCAUGUGGAUAGGUUUGAUUUGGUGAUAGCUCCUCGUCAUGAUUAUUACCCAUUGACUCCCCAUGCACAGAAGCAAAUUCCUUGGUUUCUUCGGAGGUGGAUCACUCCACGUGAACCACCAGGCAAAAAUGUUUUUCUCACUGUGGGAGCUCUUCAUCAGGCUGAUUUUGCUGCACUUAAGAGUGCUGCUUCUGUCUGGCAUGCCGAAUUGACACCACUUCCAAAACCUUUGCUUGUGGUUAAUAUCGGAGGCCCUUCAAGAAAUUGUUCAUAUGAUGCGGAUCUUGCGAAACAUUUAGCAGCUAUGCUGCAGAAUGUUCUUUGGAGCUGUGGAAGUGUGAGGAUAUCUUUCUCUAGGAGAACUCCCGAACAGGUGUCCAGAGUUUUGAGGAAGGAAUUCAGUACUAAUCCCAAAGUCUACAUUUGGGAUGGUGAAGGUCGCAAUCCACAUAUGGGCCAUCUGGCCUGUGCCGAUGCUUUUGUCAUUACCGCUGAUUCAGUUAGUAUGUUGAGUGAGGCUUGUAGUACGGGCAAACCUGUUUAUGUGAUUGGUGCGGAACACUGUACAUGGAAGUUUGCAGACUUCCAGAACUCUCUGCGGGAACGAGGAGCGGUUCGACCAUUAACCGGUAAAGAAGAUAUGUCCCUGCGUUGGAGCUAUACACCACUGGAUGACACUGCCGAGGCUGCUUGGCGGGUGAACAAGGCACUCGCUGAGCGUGGAUGGAGUAUACAACUUACCUAAAUGAGCUUUGCCAGAUCUCAAACCCAUUAAAGUGGAGUAGUUUAGUUUUCAGUUACAACGCAUAGCAGCGUGUGAUUGACUCGGGCUUAUUUAAGUUUCUCUUUAGUAAUCGAACCAGUUUUGCCCAAUUCAUUGUACACAUUCUUAUUAUAUUUGGCUGUAUCGUUCCUCCAUGGAGACACCCAAAUUGUUAAGGGAAGGCACUUCCUUUUGUAUUGCUUCAUCUCCUUAAUGUAAAAUGAAAAAAAUUGAAAGAAACA